AUCCCUUUGUUUCUUAACUUUGUACUUGUUUGUCUUUUGAAGAAAAAAGAUAUAUGGGAACCCUUUGCCUGGUUUUGGUGAUCUUGCAACUUUCAUGGAGUUUGUCUUCCUCUGUUGCUCCUCCAUCCUCUCAUUUGUGUCUCCCACAUCAAAGAGAUGCUUUGCUCCAUUUUAAAACCACCAUUUCUGUUGAUUGUGAUUAUUAUUUUGAUGGAGAUGUUUACCCCAAGAUAGACAUAGAGUCAUGGAACAAAAGCAUCGAUUGUUGUUCAUGGGAGGGAGUGGAAUGCGACAACGUGACAGGUCAUGUAAUCGGUAUCGAUCUUAGUCACAGUUGUCUUGUUGGUUCUCUCUUCGCAAACAACAGCCUUUUUCAACUUCAAAACCUCCAAUGGCUUGAUUUGAGCUUCAACAGACUCGGGGGCUCUCUUCUUGAGAACACUAGCAGCUUGUUUCACUUUCAUGGACUCCAACGACUCAACCUUGCUGAUAACUUUUUCUAUGGCACCAUCUCAUCAAAUUUAUUUAGCCAGUUGGUGAGUUUAACCCAUCUUAAUCUCUCUUAUAAUGGCUUCUAUGGCUUGAUCCCGCAUCAAACCAAUCUCCUAGCAAGUUUGGUUUCACUUGACCUUUCCUUUUACAGUUUCGAAUUAAGAUUUGAUGGCCAAGGUUUUGACAUGCUGGCAAGAAACUUGACCAAAUUAAGAAACCUUGUGCUUGACCAUGCAGAUAUGUCUGAUGUUGCACUCACUUCCUUUCUAAACUUGUCUUCAUCACUUGAACAUUUGAGUCUCAGUAGGUGUAAUUUACUUGGGGAAUUCCCAACUCAAGUUUUUCAGCUUCCAAACCUCAAAGUUUUAGAUUUAAGUAUGAAUGAAAAUCUCACAGGUUAUCUCCCUAACACAAGCUGGAGUAGUGGCCUUGAGUUGUUGGACCUUUCCCAUUGUGGUUUUAGGGGGUCAAUUCCAGCAUCAUUUGGAAAUCUCACUCAAAUCAUUUCCGUUGAUUUAAAAGGAAAUUCGCUUGAAGGACAGAUUCCAGAUGUUUUUGGAAACCUUAGAACAUUAACUUCUUUGAGCUUUUCUUCAUGCAAUUUUAGUGGUCCACUUCCAAUAACUAUCUUCAACCUCACAAAAAUUACCCGUUUGGAUUUGAUAAAUAAUCACUUGGAAGGUCCCUUGCCAAAUCAUGUUAGUGAGCUUCAAUUUCUAGAAGAACUUUUGUUAUAUAAUAACUCUAUAAGUGGUGGAGUACCAUCUUGGCUGUUUGCUCUGCCAUCUCUUCUAGAGUUGGACCUCAGUUGUAACAAACUAGUUGGUCCGAUUGAUCGAAUUCAGAAGCUUAGUUCCAUCCAAUUUGUUCAUUUGAGGUAUAAUAACAUUGGUGGUUCAAUACCGUAUUCCAUUUUUGAUCUUGUGAACCUUAUUUCACUUGAUUUGUCAUCAAACAACUUGAGUGGUCCAAUACCGGGUUCUAUUUUUGAUCUUGUGAACCUUCAUUCACUUAAUUUGUCAUCAAAUAAGUUGAGUGGUCCAUUGCCAGAUUUCAAUUGUGAUCUUGUGAACCUUACUUCACUUGAUUUGUCAUCAAACAACUUGAGUGGUCCAAUACCAGAUUUCAAUUGUGAUCUUGUGAGCCUUACUUCACUUGAUUUGUCAUCAAACAACUUGAGUGGUGUGAUCAAGUCAGAUAUGCUUUCAAAACUCACGAGUCUUGAAUUUCUUUAUGUUUCAAGUAAUAGUUUAUUAUCAUUAAGCACAAGCGGCAAUGAUGUGAACUAUUCUUUCCCCCGGCUUGAAAGUGUAAACUUCUCUGGUUGUAGCGUAAGGCAGUUCCCGAAUUUCUUUCGAACAUCGAACUUGAAAAGUUUAGAUCUUUCCAAUAACAUGAUUUCUGGUGGAAUUUCCAAAUGGGAAGCUGAAGGGUGGGAAGUAUUGAUAUGGUUAGAUCUUUCUCAUAACUUUUUGACUGCUUUGGAGCAAUUUCCGGGAAACAAUUUGCGAUAUCUGAACCUUCAUUCCAACUUGCUUCAAGGACCAAUUCUCUCAACUUGCUUGAAUCCUCAAAUUCCAAUUUUAAGGGGGUUGGAAUUUUUCAUCAUUUCAGAGAAUAAAUUGACAGGAAACUUCCCUGCUUCUAUUUGCAAUUUGAGUUCACUUGUUCUUCUCGACUUGUCCGAAAACAGCUUGAGUGGAAUUAUUCCUGAUUGUCUUGAAAAUUUAAGCCAUCUCGAGAUCUUAGAUUUGCAAAUGAACAACUUCAUUGGCAAGAUCCCUAAUUCUUUUGUGAAUAAUCGUUUGAGGCGUCUUUUACUUAAUGACAAUCGAUUGGAAGGAUUAGUACCAUCAUCUUUGGCUAAUUCUACUUCAUUGGAACUUUUAAAUUUAGGGAACAACAAGUUAAUGGAUAGAUUUCCCCAUUGGUUAGCUUCGAUUUCAAGUCUGCAAGUUCUUAUCCUGAGAUUUAAUAGAUUUUAUGGAUCGCUGCCUCAUUCCAUAGCUUCGUCUGACUUCUCUGCAUUGCGAAUAAUUGAUCUCUCUGCAAAUGAGUUCACUGGCACAUUGUCCACGAAACUCUUACGAAAUUUGAGAGCAAUGAAAGAUAAACCUAGAAAGUGGUUAACCUCCUCAAAUUCAUAUCUAUUUGGAAUGAUAAAAGACAGUUUUAUUUAUGAAAUUCCUGUGAAUGUAACAACGAAAAGAUUGGAGAUAGAAUUGAGAAAGACCUGGGACAUUUUCAUAUCUAUGGACUUGUCAAACAACCAAUUCUUCGGAGAAAUUCCUGAGGAUGUUGGGCAACUUAUUUCCCUGCAAAUGCUCAAUUUCUCUCACAACAAUUUCACUGGUCCUAUCCCAGCAUCGUUUGGAAAUUUGGUAGCACUUGAAUCAUUGGAUCUUUCAUCAAACAAGCUCAAUGGCGGGAUUCCUUCUCAAAUGACGAAUCUGACAUUUCUUGAAGUAUUGAAUCUUUCAAACAACAAUUUUGUUGGACCAAUUCCUUAUGGGAAUCAAUUCGAUACAUUUGAUAAUGAUUCCUACAACGGUAACUUGGGAUUGUGUGGAUUACCAUUAUCCAAGCAGUGCAUCAACCAUCAGGGGCCCGACCCGCCUUCACCAUUGGUGGUGGAACAUGAAGGUUCUAAGAUACCCUUCUUUUGGCAAGUUGUAAUGAUGGGGUAUGGAAGUGGAGUAGUGAUAGGACUGAGCCUGGGUUACAUUGUAUUCACGACUGGAAGACCAUGGUGGUUUGUUAGAAAGGUGGAGAGAGACUGGCAAUACAAUUUCACGAAGUGGGUACGAAGAAACAAAGGAAGAAGAAACUAGCUCUGCGUCCAACAUCUUGCUUAGUGGCAUUGGAAUUCAAGAUUGAAUUGGAUGGAAAGAUUCAUCAUUUUAGUUCCUUGGGAAUGAUUUGAAUAAAUAAGUGGGGUUGUUGUGAAUUUAACAAAUGAUAUUAGUGUUUUUGUGUUGAUCAAAAUUUCUAAAUUUGUAUUUGUGGGUGUUGUGUAGUUAUGUUUGUUACAAGUAAUAUUAUCCUUUCUUUCGCAUGGUUACUAUAUUUGAUAUAUUAUUAAAUUUAUACA